AUGGCUUCUGAACAAGUUGACGAUAGAGAGGAAACCCGACCCAGCCCUGAUCCUGAUUCAGCUGAGGAGAAUUCUGAAUCCUGCGACACUGUCAGCCCGGACGCUCUCAUCAAACACCCGUUGCAAUUCAAGUGGGGGCUCUGGUUCUAUAAAGUUGACAAAGCUAAAACUUGGGCAUCAAAUUUGAAAUUAGUCACCUCAUUUGACACUGUGGAAGACUUUUGGUCAUUGUACAACCAUGUCCAAAGAGCAAGUAAACUCCCUCCUGGCUGUGAUUAUUCAAUGUUCAAGGAUGGCAUUCAACCCAUGUGGGAAGAUGAACAGAAUAAACAAGGUGGCCGAUGGGUUAUCAAUUUAAAUAAGCAACAGCGGCAUUUAGAAUUAGAUAAUUUCUGGCAGGAAACAUUACUGUGUUUAAUUGGUGAAGCAUUUGAUGACAGUAGUUUCAAUGUAUGUGGAGCUGUUGUUAGCAUCCGAAAUAAAGGGGAUAAAUUGGGGCUGUGGACAAGAGAUACACAAAUUGAAGGAAAGACUUCAUAUACCAUCAAAGAUAUCUAUAGGAUAUCAGACCCACGAAGACUCAAUGAAAAAAACAGGCUCUUCCGCUCGGGACCGUUACACUGUAUAGAAGCUUUCUGGUGUGUCAUGGUCAUUGGCACACUCCCACCCACAUGCUCUCUCUCUCCCUCCUCCCUCCCCCCAACACUUGCAUCCAACAUUCAGCCUUGGGAGCUGCAUGGGACAUGA